ACAACAUGUAAACACCAACCAUCCAUCCCUACCAGCAAGGCGAUCAGAUGUUGGAAAAGCCCUACAAAACCUAAAAACAUUUCCCUAUGUUAUAAAGCUUGGGAAAACACUAUACCCACCACUACAUCAUACUGCAAAACGCUAUGGGAAACGGAUUGUGCAAUCCAACUCACAAACGACGAAUGG